AUGAAGAGCAUUGGAUUUCUCCUUCUCUUCACGGUUUUAUACGUGUAUGCUCAACGCAAGUGCGAUGCUGGUAACGAAUGCCCUCCUGGACAAGCUUGCCGUGAUGGGAUCUGUCAUGCUCGGCUCGACUGUCCAAUGAUUUCUAUGCCUAUCCCUGGUUCCGGAUGUGGACUCGAAAGCUUCAUUGAUGACAAAGGCUGUCCCAAAAUGAAAGUAGUCUGCAAUCCUUGA